AUGCCGACAAGAUUUUUAUUGUUGGUAAUAUCUAUCUAUCUAUCUAUCUAUCUAUCUAUCUAUCUAUCUAUCUAUCUCAGUUUGUUCAUUAUCUAUCACUAUCAAUCUAUCUAUCUAUCUCAAUUUUUAUUGUUGAUAAUAUCUAUCUAUCUAUCUAUCUAUCUAUCUAUCUAUCUAUCUAUCUAUCUAUCUAUCUAUCUAUCCCAGUCUGUUCAUUAUCUAUCUAUCUAUCUAUCUAUCUAUCUAUCUAUCUAUCUAUCUAUCUAUCUAUCUCAAUCUAUUUAUCUAUCUAUCUAUAGUUUUCAUUAUCUAUCUUCCUUCCUUUCUUUUUAUCUAUGUUUUCAUUAUCUAUCUAUUUCAUUAUCUAUCAGUCUAUAUUUUUCAUUAUGCAUCUAUCAGAUUGUCAUUAUCUAUCUAUCUAUAUCUAUCUAUCUAUCUAUCUAUCUAUCUAUCUAUCUAUUUCCUUAUCUAUCAGUCUAUGUUUUUUCAUUAUAUUAUCUAUCUAUCUAUCUAUCUAUCUAUCUAUCUAUCUAUCUAUCUAUCUAUCUAUCCCUUAAUCUGAUCACAUCUGUCUCUCUAUCUAUCUACUUAUCUAUCUCUCUAUCUUUCUAUGUAUCUAUCGUUUAA